GGAUACCUGCUCCUGAUCCGUUUGCCCCUCAGCCCCUGCAGUCAUCUCCUCCACUUUGUCCCGAUGAAGGAGGCCGACGCCAUCAAGUUAUUUGUAGGGCAGAUUCCCCGGAAUCUGGAGGAAAAGGAUCUCAAACCCAUUUUUGAGCAGUUUGGCAAGAUCUAUGAGCUAACCGUGAUUAAGGACAAAUAUACUGGGAUGCACAAAGGAUGUGCGUUUCUGACGUACUGUGCAAGAGAGUCAGCCCUGAAAGCCCAAAGCGCCCUUCAUGAACAGAAAACAUUACCAGGGGUAAGUGCGCAAAACAGUCAUAAACACAAACAUCCUCAGAUGGUCUGCACCUCUAACACACCGAUACAGGUUGACAAGUCUUGUCUUGAA